UACAUAUGCGAUGAAAGGCCGCGAGCCGUAACAGCGAGUCCCCGUCCUAUCUCGCGGGAUUUCCGCACUAACUUCUCGCGAGAAUGAAGGGGGGGGGGGCCUCGGCAGUAGAUGGAGCCGCCGCAGCGCGUGCCUAUGGGCCUCCCCGCGAUACUGGCGCAGACAGACUGGUCUGAACCAUGGCUGUUGGGACUUGCAGUUUUCCACAUCCUCUGCUUUCUGAUCACUUGCUUUUCAUUCCAGCGCUACCACCUGCAGAUAGGGCAUUUUCUCUGCAUGGUUGCCUUGGUGUAUUGUGCUGAAUAUAUCAAUGAACUGGCUGCUAUGAAUUGGAGGUUAUUUUCUAAAUACCAAUAUUUUGAUUCAAGAGGGAUGUUUAUUUCCCUAAUAUUUUCAGCUCCAUUGCUGUUGAAUGCUAUAAUAAUAGUGAUUACCUGGGUUUAUAAAACUUUGAAUGUAAUGACUGAAUUGAAGAACCUACAGCAAAAAAGAAGAGCAGAAAAAGAAAAGAAAAACUGAGACAUGGUGGUCAAGAUGGGUUCUGAAAAAGAUUUGGCGGUCCUGGUAGAUAAUCAGCCGAACAUGAGUGCCUACUGCAAACAUGCAGUGCCUACUGCCUACGGCUGGCCAAAAGGAAUAUUGUGAUCCUGGAGAAUCUCAAAUAAGAGUAGGGAGGCUGUUUUACUUCUGUAUCUGGCGCUGGUGCGACCACUGCUGGCAUACUGUGUCCAGUUCUGGUGUCUACAGUUCAAGAAGAUGAUUGAUAUAUUGGAAAUGGUUCACAGGAGAGCCACAAGAAUGAUUUAAAGGAUUAGAAAACAUGCUUUAUAAUGACUGAACUCUUUAGGUGGGAUCCCAAGAGAGACUUAGACAUUUGCCACACAGCAUCACAAUGCCGAACUGUAGGCAACAGGAGCAGCGGAACCCACAAAGCUGAGAUAGCAUUUAAGCUUCCUAGAUGAUGUAUGGGAAGAGCUAGGCACCUAAGAAUGUGAUGUUCAAAGACAGCACACCAGGCAGGGAGUCGCCUAAGCUAGCAAUGGCAAAUGCUGACAAGAGUGGUGUGUCCUAAGACCCAGCUGUCUGUCAGAGAUAGUGCCUGUCUUUGCUUAGCAAGCCGUGACUAGGAACCCAUCUGGAAUCAGGUGGCUUAGAAACCUACUGCAUUUUUUUUGCAGAAAUGAGUUGGAGGCCUCUACUGUUCCAUACAAAAUGGACCACUGCCUACUUGAUAACUUUUAGCACAGUGGAGACAGCACUCACCUGGGGUGGGAGAGAGCCAGGUUCAAUUCCCCUCUGCCAGAGGAGGAAAAGAUUGGAAUAGGUGGUCUCCCACACCUCAAGAAGGUGCUAUAAUCAAUGAGCUAUGGGAUAUUGUGAUGUGGGUCUCUCUCAAUCUCAUAAAAUAUUCCACUGUGGAUACAUGAUGUUUUAAAUGGAGGAGGGUGACUGGGUGCAGGAUUUUCCACUUCCCAGGUUGGUGCUCUAAUCACAGUGCUACAGUCAUAUUCUCUGUCACCCAAUGACAGUUCCACUGUAGCUAAAAACCUAAAAAGCCUAGUUAUUGGGCCAGAGCUGAAUGCAGUAUGACUGAAAAGAUGAUCUGGUACAGACUUCCAAAUAGCAUAUUAACAUUAAAGGCUGUAUAUCUGCAUAAGCCAAAUAAUACUAAGAUCCCAAGUUUAUACACACACAUAAGCUUAACUUUAAUCACUUGAGUAGUCCCCUUAAUGUCAGUGAGACUACUCAUAGGAGUAAAGUUAAACAUGUGCAUAAGCUUUUGAGGGACAUGGGCCCAAGUUUGUAUCACAAGUGUAUUUAGGUUGUGGGAAACAUGUACAGUGAUUUGGCUGCAGAUAAUUUCCUUGAUCCUCUAUACAAUAAGACUGACUAUUGAGAGAUCAAGUAUAGCUGUGUAAAAACUCUUGCCCCCAAGCGGAAAAAGUAGGAUUUUGUGAAAAGAGGUACUGGUUGUUUGCCAUACUAUGACUUCAUAAGUAAGAAAUUUACCAUUUGCAACAAAAUGUGUUCAGUGUUGUAAAUGGCUAUAAUUCACCCUUAAUCAAAUUAAUAAAUUUGCACAAUCUGUCCUUUUAAUGUGAGAUUAGGAAAAUGAAAGUUUUUCUAAAACUGCAUGAAAUUUUCAUGGGAUUGGCCGUUACAAACAAAAUUGCUAUUUCUGAACUUUAGACAUAGAAAAGAAUUCAUAGAGCAGUUCUCUAAGUUAUAAAUAAAUGUAACGGAGAAAAAAAUAAGGACCCCUUUCUGUUUCCAAGCAUCCUGUACUCUAUUUGUCUUUUUAGGCGCUGAUCUUGCAAGCUGAUCAGUGGGGACAGUUCUCUGCACCUUUGUGGAGCCGAACCAAAAUCAGUGAAGCUUGUGCAGGCCCAAGAGUCCACCCACACGGAUCACCUUAUAAGGGUUGGGCCUUUCAGCAUCAGGGACAUGUCUCACUUUGUCUUGUACAGCAAGACAACAGUGUUGGAGCAUAAUAAAUACUCUAUUCAGGAUUGCAGUAUGUUAACACACAUGCCAAUAUAAAAACUUUGAUAAAUAAAAAUGACAGUUUUAGCAUUGAGGAAGUUGGAUAUCACCAUAAUGAUACAAUAGUUUGCGUAUUUUUAAGUGGGUAGAAGCUGGAUAUUUUCUUUGUUAAAAAUCAGUUAAUAUGCAAGCACAGUGGCUUUUUUUUUCUGAAGUGUGGAUAUGUGCACAUUGGAAGAGAAUAGAUGCCAAAUCAAUAAAGUAGGUAUUUUUAAAAAUUGGAAUCUUCUUAGCUUUUUUUCAGUUCCAGGAAACUGUCAAAAUACACUUUAGAAUGCUAAGUAUAAUUGAAGCAGCACAUGGUUUUAAGCCUUCUCUAUUAAAAGGUCUCUUAAAGGUAAACAGCAAUAUGUUUAAGAAAAAUAAUUUAGUAGUAUAAAUUAAUGACUACAAACUGAGACAAAUGUGAUUUUUUUUUCCAAAUGUAGUAAAAUGUAAAUAACAAAAAUAUUCCAGCAUUUUUUCCCCCAUGGGGUUAUCAAGCCUUACCUACGUUGAUUACUUUUCCUUUAGAUAACCUUUUCAUAUAACAUUAUGAAGGAAAUUUUAAGUUUUAGAGUGAGGGAAAUACAUACAAGAAUAAUAAAAAAUGGUUUUCAGAUUUUUUUUUUUUAAAGUGGCUUUUUAACCAUAAGGGCAUCCCCCAGAGAAUUAAAUGGAAAGUGACGAUUGCAUUGGUUAUAAUAGGAAUGGAUUUAUGAAGUGAUGCAACAAUAAAUGUAACCUAAAAGCCUACUUGCUGACAAACCUAAAAUAAUUACAUCGUUAAUUCAGACAGUUUUUGCUGGUUUCAGCUUUCUAUAUGUGUAAGUAACUUGGGACUAAAUUUUUAUUUGUGGUGGAAAGCCUGAAUCAACACGCUUUGCCUAGAAGAUUUCAAUGGAGGUUUUGUGAGAAUGCUCCAGGUUCAAUGACAAGGAGUCUAAGAUACAGCCAAGGGAUAGCUGCUCUACUAACUAUUGCAGACUUUGGGCUAAAAAGGGGAAUUUGGUCAUUGGAUUCAUGUAGCUUGCAGGGACAAGCUACACCUCCAGCGUGCCCUGAUCUCUUCAGUGCUACAGGGAGAAUAAUACUGUGGAAUAAUGCUAAAAGGUGCAUGAGGAGUAUGACAUCCACCUGCCAUCCUUCCUGUAGCCCAGCUUUUGCUGUAUUUGAAUCAUGGCAAUUCUGGGGCAUUACGUGCCUUUGCAAAGGGGGACAGCUAGGACUGUGCUCUAAAUUUGCUAAAGAACCCUAAAUGCAAUAGAAUUUGAAGUUAAACAUCACUCCAAAUGCAAAACUGGUUAAUGAACUGAGCUUGAGGUGAAUUUGCCCAAGGACACUUGAUUCAGCUCUGUCUGGGAACUUGACAAAAGGAGGAGAAGAAAACACAACCCUCCAAAAGCAAGUAGGAGUCAGUUUUUAACAAUUUUCAUUCUAUAUAAGAGGGCACAAUCUCUGGCUUGGAACAUGUUUACUGAAAGUAAUGUGUUUCUUCAAGUUCAAUAAGACAGUCAGAUUAUUUUGCUCCCUUUUUAUUUUAAAGCUAAACUAAAUCCAUUAGGAAUGAGGACACCUACUAGUACUGGCAUAGACCCCAAUAUAGCGAAACACUUAGGGCUAGAUUUUGAAAGGUAUUCAGAUGCCUGAAGAUGCAGAUUGGUGCCUAAUGGGAUUUUCAAAACUUUUUAAGCAAGUUAGGCACCUAAUUCCCAUUGAUUUCAAUGGUAUUGACUAACUUUAAAACAUGAAUUGUUGAUGGGACUACUUGCAUGCAUAAAAUUAUGCAUAGACUUAAGUGCUUUGCUGGAUCAGGGCCUCAAGUAGCAUACUCAUUUUGAUAAAUUUAUCACGUAUGCAUUUUAGAAAAUGUUCAACAUAGCUUCUGCCAAGGUACUAUAUUAACUUUAAAACUAAGCUCUUUUUUUUUUUUUGGUAAGGAUUAUCAUAUGUAGGAGGAAGGGUUUGGUUUCCUUUUUUUACGUAGGUUUUAUUACAGAAUUGUUGGGAAAAAGUUUGAAGUCAGAAAUAACUUGUAAUUUUGAUCACCAAAAUUCACUGAAGUUUUGGGAUGAAGACUAGUUUGACCUUUUCUUGAUCUAUAGCAACUGGGUUUAAAAAAAAAAAAGGCAAGAAAGAGGUUGUGUUAGGGGUUCAAAGAACCAAGUUUCUAAUUAGUGAAUAUUUUAUUCCUCUUAUCGUUUUGAACAGUUUCUUACAUACACAUAUAUUAAUCUUAUGCUUUUUACAUGACUGGGGAAAAAUACUUGCAUACACUGUAACUUUACAGCAUGAAUAAAACCAGUUUGUGCAAGUUGUUAGACAGACUUUGGUUAUCUCAGCACAGAAAACUUCAAAAUACUAUAUCUGUGCAUAUUUGUAUCCAAUGUAAAUAUUUUUAAAUGCAAAACACCCCCUAAAUCUU